AUGGCUAGUCCUACCGUUCUCACCUUUGAUGCUGAGGGACGUGCAGUUGACUUUGACGUGUGGGUUGACGACCUACAGCUCUUUCUUCAAUGUGAUUCUAGGGAUGGGGUAUCCCUCUUCGAUCACACGUCCGGUGUUUCCACUGCUCCUGCUGCCACUGCUGACAGUACUGUUCGCUCGCAGUGGACCACUCGUGACGCUGUUGCUCGUCUUGCUGUUCGUAGUCACCUGCCGCCUGCUGAGCGCGCACACUUUGGACAGUACAAGACUGCUCAGUCUUUGUACGACGCUGUAGUUGCACGCUACUCCUCCCCUGCCACUGCUGCCCUCAGCCGCCUCAUGCUGCCGUACCUUUUCCCUGACCUUGCCGCCUUUGCCAGAGUCGCUGACCUAGUUGCUCACCUUCGCACUAGUGACACCCGCUACCGCGCUGCCCUUCCCACUGAGUUCUGUGCCAAGAACCCCCCCCCCAUGUACAUCACCCUUUACUACCUAGUCACCCGUCUCCCUGACUCCCUCUCUUCAGCCAGGGACCACUUUCUCUCCCUUUGCCCCACCGAGCUGACUGUCGACCUGCUAGAGGAGCGCCUUGCUGCAGCUGAGAAGAGUAUCUUAGCUGUAGGUGCUUCUCGCGGCGACUGUCGCACCCCCUUCUUUGAGGGGUGUUCCCCUGUCCCCCUUCUCCCCUCUGUUGCUUCUGCUGCUGCUGUCGACCUCGUUGGCACUGAGGAGGUCGGAGCUGCGUCUGCCCCUAGUGGGAGACGCUGCAUCAGCAAGGGCAAGGGGAGCAAGGGUGGUGGAGGGGGUGGCGGGGGAAGCAGUGGAGGAGGUGGAGGCGGCGGCGGAGGUGGCGGUGGAGGUGGGGGUGGUACUGGGAGUGGGGGCGUCAGUGGCGGCGGUGGAGGUCGUGGCGGCGGUGGCGGAGGUGGUGGAGGCAGCGGCAGCGGUGGUGGAGGUGGCGGCGGAGGUGGUGCUGGUCGAGGUGCAGCCGCUCAGCGUGGAGGCUUUGGUGGCAGCCAGCGCCAGCAGCAGCUGCGCACCCGUGAGACCCUGUCGGUUCAGCAGCUUCGUGAGUGGUACGCUGGGCGUGGGAGGUUUGGGGGUGCAGGUCCCUGCACUUACGUUCUUCACACCGGCACUCGUAGUGGGGAGGUGUGUGGGCUCCCACACACCACGCAGCGCUGCUUCGGUCGCUUGACUGACGCUUGGCGUACCCAGUUUCCUGACGCCGUUGAGCUCCCUCGCUGGCAUGAUCUGCUCCUGCAGAAUGUGCCUAUCUUUGAUCUAGAUUUCGAUGCUAUCCUUGCUGCCAUGUAUGCUCUUGCUGAUAGUGCUGAGGGUGACUGUUACCUGAGUGUCCCGCCCGACCCGGGCAUUGCGGCUGCUGCUCUAGGUGCUAGUGCGUCUGCUGCUCCAGGUGCUGGUGCGUCUGCUGCUCCACGUGCUGGUGUGCGUCUGCUCUCUCUGGUACUGCACCUACUGAGUCCUUGCACACUUUCACACUUGACUCUGGUGCUUCGCGCUCUUUCUUUAGAGACAGCACCAUGCUCACGCCGCUCAGUCGGCCUGUUGCGGUCUCCCUUGCUGACCCCUCAGGGGGCCCAGUCCUUGCACACUCCUCCAUGGUUCUACCGUGUCCUGCGGCCCCGUCGGGCUUGCUGUCGGGACUCCACCUCCCCUCGUUCUCUACGAACUUGGUCCCUCCCUCCCCUUCCUCCGGGGCCUGCCCCCACCUGUGUUCCUUGUGUCGAGGGCCGGCAGCGCGCCGCUCCUCACUCCUCCUCGUUCCCUCCGACAGAGGCUCCUCUGCAGACUCUUCACAUGGGCGUGUGGGGCCCAGCCCGCGUCCGUGGACAGGGUCACGAGCGUUACUUCCUGCUGGUCGUUGACGACUACUCGCGUUACACCACAGUCUUCCCCUUGCGCAGCAAGGGUGAGGUCCCUGAGGUGUUGAUCGACUGGAUCCGCGGUGCUCGUCGCCAGCUCAGUGAGAGUUUCGGCUCGGACCUUCCUGUUCUGCGUCUGCACUCAGACAGAGGUGGGGAGUUUUCCUCCGACCUCCUGAGAGCCUUCUGUCGUUCGGAGGGCAUCCGCCAGACGUUCACGCUUCCGGCCUCCCCGCAGCAAAAUGGGAUUGCUAAGCGCCGCAUUGGCAUGGUCAUGGACGUCGCUCGUACGUCCAUGUUCCAUGCGGCUACUCCCCAUUUUCUGUGGCCGUUCGCGGUUCAGUACGCUGUGCAUCAGAUCAACCUUCAGCCUCGUGUCUCCUUGCCGGAGACCACACCUACUCUGCGGUGGACGCGCGACGUCACGUUUGACGAGUCGGUGUCAUACUACCGUCUCUUUCCCUACCGCACUCCCUCUCUCCCCCCCCCGCCGCUCUUCCUAGCACCAGGUACUCCCCCGGUAGACCCCCUCCCCCCGCAGGGUCCUGCCCCCUCAGGUGUGUCCCAGGUAGACCCUGCCGAGCCGGUCGAGGUAGCUGUCGACUCAAGUGCUACUAGGGGUGCUGGGCCUGCGGGUGCGGGGACUGGGGGUGCUGAGCCUGAGAGUGUGGAGCCUAGGGGUGCUGAGUGUGGGGGUGCUGAGUCUGGGCGUGCUGAGCCUGGGGGUGCUGAGCCUGGGAGUGUGGAGCCUGAGGGUACUGUGUCUGGAGGUGCUGAGCCUGCACGUGCUGCGUUUGGAGGUGCUCUAGGUGUCCCGUUGCGGCGGGAGCCUCUCUCUCCUCAGCAGCUUCGUGAGUGGUACUCUCGGCGCUGUCGAGGUGCUGCUGGUGCUGGUGCUGCUGGAGCUGCUGUAGGUGCUGCUGGUGCUGCUGGAGGUGCUGCUGGUGCUGGAGGUACUGCUGGUGCUGGAGCUGCUGGAGGUGCUGCUGGUGCUGGAGGUACUGCUGGUGCUGGAGCUGCUGGAGGUGCUGCUGGUGCUGGAGCAGCUGGAGGUGCUGCUGGUGCUGGAGCUGCUGGAGGUGCUGCUGGUGCUGGAGGUACUGGAGGUGCUGCUGGUGCUGGAGCUGCUGGUGCUGCUGGUGCUGGAGCUGCUGGAGGUGCUGCUGGUGCUGGAGCUGCUGGAGGUGCUGCUGGUGCUGGAGCUGCUGGAGGUGCUGCUGGUGCUGGAGCUGCUGGAGGUGCUGCUGGUGCUGGAGCUGCUGGAGGUGCUGCAGGUGCUGGAGCUGCUGGAGGUGCUGCUGGUGCUGGAGCUGCUGGAGGUGCUGCUGGUGCUGGAGCUGCUGGACGUGCUGCUGGUGCUGGAGCUGCUGGACGUGCUGCUGGUGCUGGAGCUGCUGGAGGUGCUGCUGGUGCUGGAGCUGCUGGAGGUGCUGCUGGUGCUGGAGCUGCUGGAGGUGCUGCUGGUGCUGGAGCUGCUGGAGGUGCUGCUGGUGCUGGAGCUGCUGGAGGUGCUGCAGGUGCUGGAGCUGCUGGAGGUGCUGCUGGUGCUGGAGCUGCUGGAGGUGCUGCUGGUGCUGGAGCUGCUGGACGUGCUGCUGGUGCUGGAGCUGCUGGAGGUGCUGCUGGUGCUGGAGCUGCUGGAGGUGCUGCUGGUGCUGGAGCUGCUGGAGGCGCUGCUGGUGCUGGUGCUGCUGGAGGUUUUGCUGGUGCUGGAGCCGCUGGUCCUGGAGCGUGUCCCUCUGCCAUCUCCUCCUGCGUCCUCUCUUCCUGA